CGCAUAGUUAAUUUCCACGAUGUGUAUUCUGGUAGGUGAAAGAAACCUAGACAAAAAAGCUGGACAAACAGAGGGAACGGAGACUGGGAACGCGGCCAUUGAGGAGGAGGUGCAUCAACAAAUCACCCCCAUUAACAAGCAAGGUACAAGUCAGAACAGAGAGGAAAUAAAAUCUUCAGGAAUAGAAGCGAAGGACACUAACAACGUGGUUGCUGAGAUAUCCGAAGAAGAUAAUCCUAGUAAUAAGAAAAAAGAUGCCAAUCAUGGGAAAGAAAGCGACAAAGCUCCGGAGGAAGAAGCAAGCCUCAAUAAUAAUGGGACCGAUGGAGAACAAGUUAGUCUUGAUGAUGAUUUUGAACACGUUUCCAAGGAAGAUGUGGUGCAAGAGAUGAGCAGAGAUGGAGCUGCAGCAUCGAAGGAGAACACCACUGUAAACGUUGACACGAAGGAGCAAGGUAACACAUCAGAUGGGUCGGACGAGCAUAGGAGAGAGGAGAGUUCCAAAACUCCUCUUCAGGUAAAAGCGAUUUCAAGAACCCAGGCUUUCAGUUAAUCUUGUGACUUCACAAUCUCCGAACCCACAUAGGCUUAAUACAUCGGGUAAUAGACUAGAAGAGCCAUAUAGGAGUGAGAGGAACAUAAGAGAUGACAAUUUCGGAGUUUGUCUGCACACACUCGUAAAAUGGGCAAUUGGGGACAAAAAGCUAUAUUUGGUAAUAAUCAAAACAUUUAGUGAUUUCGAGAGUCCAUGCAUUCAUUUAACUGCGGACCUGCGAUAAAGAAAGAAAGAGGUACACGAUUUAUCAUAAACACAGAAUUUUCUCAAUUGUUUGUAUAUCACUGUAAUUUAGUUAUAUCAUGUUCAUUUUCGAAACAUAAUCAAUAUGAAUAAAGGCAAGUC